UCAAAUUCAACAUGGCGGAUUCACUUUGCGAAGCACUCGAYGAACUGACUCUCGAUUUUUUCGAUAAAUUCGAACAAUUACAAUCAAAAAGAGAAGAAAUCUGUAAGAUAAUGAGAGAUGGAUACCUGAACCUGUCUCAAGCACGCUAUUCCAUGGGAAAUAAGUCCGUUUGUUCACUUCAAUACAGCGAGACGAUGAAAGCUACGACACUAGUUCACAUGGAUGACAACGAAAUAUUUGAAAUUAUAAAACAUAAACCAACAACGAAACASGAAGAAAAAUCAKCUGAACAGACUUCUACUGCAYUAAGGAAAAGGAAAGGCAACAAAGAGUCUGAAAAUGCKGAUUUUGGAAUUGACGAUUUAGURAUAGAAGAGAGACCAAAAGAGAAAAAAGUCACUGAGAAUCCUUUGAACUGGUUCGGUGUUCUUGUCCCYAUGUGCUUAAGGACAGGYCAAGCACAAUUCAAGACUGCCAUUGAUUUAUGUUGCGAGMUAGCAAACUUAGAGAAUGAAAUCAAGGCUUUGAUACAAAACUAUGAAAAACAGAAGCAUCUUAAAAAGAAGGGGACUGAAAACUAAUCAUGACAUUUUUUGAUUCACAAGAUAAAUUUUUUUUGAUUAUAAAUUCAUUAGAGUAUUAUUUAAAAAGUAUAUUGCUCCUAU